UCUAUUUGUCUUUUCCUCAAUUCGCUUUACUUUUAUCACAAUAGCAUUCUUGUCUACUUGUAUACUCAUGUUUACACUAUUAUUAUUAUUGCUUUUUUACUUAUCUUUUCAAACAUCCAUUUCAGAUUCUAAUAAUUCAUUCUUACUUUUAUCAUUAUUACGUCACACUCUUUUCGUACAUUCUAUCUCUCCUGGGAACUGCAUUCAUCUUCCUCCUCAUUUAUAUUUUCUUUCUUCAAGCGACAAGGGCGAGUCAAAGGUCUUCCAUUAUUAUCAACUAUUUAUCAACGCUGCUUCUCUGAAAUUCACAGUAAACUGUUGUAUUCUUGACGUAUCGUUACCAUAAAAAGCAAGACCAGUUUCUGAGAUCAGCCUAAACCGCACUCUGGACAUCAUUGCUUUAUGCCAAACUGCUAGUUGUUAUCGCGUCUUUCUUUUUUAUUAAUCCUUGAGCAUCAUUCUCAGUCAGUUACAUUCGUGCUACAUUAGUUGGCUAGAGAACAUCACCAAGUCAAGUAAGCAGCCAUUUCCGUCGUGAUUCCAACUUUGGAUACAUUUACAUCAACACAAUGAUGCGUUCGUUGCCAACCGGCGCAUGCGCACUGCUGGUUGUGGUGGUUGUUGCGCUAUCAGCUGGAAUCGAGGCGGCAGUCACGAAAUCCUCGUCGGCUGCUGCGGUACCGUCUGUCAAAGUCAUGCAUCCCGCCUUCAAAAAUGCCGGCACCAAGGAGGGUCUCGAGAUCUGGAGAAUCGAGAACUUUGAACCUGUGAAAUGGCCCCAGAAGGAUUUCGGAAAAUUCUUCAGAGGUGACUCCUAUAUUGUUCUCAAGACUGUUGCAAAUGACAAGAAGAAAGGAACAUUCUCAUGGGACAUUCAUUACUGGCUUGGAGACCGUUCAUCACAGGAUGAACAAGGAUCUGCAGCAAUUCUAGCCGUUGAACUUGAUGAUGGUCUCGGUGGAGGUCCAGUCCAACACAGAGAAAUUGAAAAUCAUGAAUCACAACAGUUCCUCUCCUACUUCCCCUCAGGAGUGAGGUAUGAAGCUGGCGGUGUUGCUAGUGGCUUCAACCAUGUCGACACUAAUGCUGCUGGAGAGAAGAAAUUGUUCCAAGUCAAGGGAAAACGAAACGUCAGAGUCAGACAGGUGCAUCUUGAUGUGAAAUCCAUGAACAAGGGUGAUUGCUUCAUUCUGGACAGUGGCCAUGAGAUUUAUGUUUAUGUUGGACCGAAUUCUGCUGGAUCAGAAAAGGUGAAAGCCAUCAACGCUGCAAACAUGAUUAGAGACCAGGAUCAUAAUGGCCGAGCUCAUGUCACUGUUCUAGAUGGUUCAAGUACUGCUGAUGAAUUGGCCAAAUUCUUCGAAGUUUUGGGAUCUGGAUCAGCCAACGCCGUGCCUGAACAAUCUGCUGGUGGAGACGAUCAAGAAUUCGAGAAGAAACAAGAUGCCACAGUUGCUCUCUACAAGGUUACCGAUGAAGGUGGCUCUCUGAAAUCGGAGAAAAUUGCUGAAAAGCCUCUCAAACAAGAUAUGCUGAAAACUGAUGACUGCUUCAUUUUGGAUACAGUAACAUCUGGUAUUUACGUUUGGAUUGGAAAGAAAGGAACAACUCAGGAGAAGGUUGAAGCCCUAAAGAAAGCUCAACUAUUUUUAGCUGACAACAAAUACCCUUCAUGGACCAAGGUAACGAGGGUAGUAGAAGGAGCCGAACCCUCUGCUUUCAGACAGUACUUCAGUACUUGGCAGGAGCGCUCCCCAAGCCCCACCAGGAGGGGAAGCCCUGGUAAAAACUGAACCCAAACUGAACUUCCAAAGUCACUUAUCAUGCUUCAGCACAAACUAUGUGAAAUGGGAGCACUAAUUAUAGAAUAAAAAAAAUCAUUAUGAGUAACCAAAAUCAAAUCAACGCUUUAUCACAAUUGUGAUAAAAACUAUCGAAAUACUUAUUUUUGCACAACUUCACUAUGCUGUAUUUUAUUUGCUUCCAGACUAUAUUGAAUGCCUUAUAUUCGAUAGCUCUAUUGAAUGAAUUAUAUUCAUAUACAAAUUUUUAUCACUGA